CAAACGUUAUAAUGCCUUGUUCAAAGUAUGUUAUUAGUUAAGUGCGGUGCAACUUGCAAUACACUGUUGCUAUUGUCCAGACCUUUUAUCGCUCCGAUAACUCCGAAGUGUGAUUUUAACGGCAAAUCGAAUUAGCGAAAGUGCCGCGUGGUUUGCAAAUAAUUUAUGCACAAACACACAUGCUAUUUAAUGGACAAUCGUUCACGUGGUAAUAACAUGAAAUACAUUUUGGUAACGGGUGGCGUUAUAAGUGGCGUCGGCAAGGGCGUCAUUGCAUCCUCUUUUGGCACAUUGCUUAAAGCCUCUGGUCUGGAUGUCACCUCCAUUAAGAUUGACCCCUACAUCAACAUUGAUGCUGGCACCUUUUCACCCUACGAGCAUGGUGAAGUUUAUGUGCUGGACGAUGGUGCAGAGGUGGAUCUAGAUUUGGGCAAUUAUGAACGCUUCUUGGAUAUCACACUGCAUCGCGAUAACAACAUAACCACCGGGAAAAUCUAUAAGCUGGUCAUCGAGAAGGAGCGCACUGGAGAAUAUCUGGGAAAGACUGUGCAGGUUGUGCCACAUAUUACGGAUGCUAUACAGGAAUGGGUGGAACGCGUUGCCCAGACUCCGGUGCAGGGCUCCUCGAUGCCGCAGGUGUGCAUCGUUGAGUUGGGUGGCACCAUUGGCGACAUCGAGGGCAUGCCCUUUGUCGAGGCUUUUCGUCAGUUUCAAUUUCGGGUGAAACGCGAGAAUUUCUGCGUCGCCCACGUGUCGCUGGUGCCGCUGCCGAAGGCAACGGGUGAACCGAAAACGAAACCCACACAGAGUUCAGUUCGCGAGCUACGCGGCGCUGGCUUGAGUCCCGACCUAAUUGUGUGUCGCUCUGAGAAACCUAUAGGCGUGGAGGUUAAAGAGAAGAUUAGCAAUUUCUGUCAUGUCGGACCCGAUCAGGUUAUAUGCAUACACGAUCUAAAUUCCAUAUAUCAUGUGCCGCUGCUGAUGGAACAGAAUGGUGUCAUCGAAUAUCUGAACGAGCGACUGCAGCUUAAUAUUGAUUUAAGUCUGCGAGCCAAAUGUCUGCAACAUUGGCGUGAUUUGGCGAGACGCACCGAAACCGUGCGACGAGAGGUGAACAUCGCCAUUGUUGGCAAAUAUACGAAACUAACGGAUGCAUACGCGUCUUUGAUGAAGGCCCUGCAACAUGCGGCACUCGCUGCUAAUCGCAAGCUGGUAAUGACUUUCAUCGAGUCGUGCCUGUUGGAGCAGGAGACGUUACAACGCGAGCCCUCCAAUUACCACAAGGAGUGGCAGAAGUUGUGCGAGAGUGAUGGCAUUUUGGUGCCCGGCGGGUUUGGGUCGCGCGGCAUGGAGGGCAAGAUACGCGCCUGUCAGUGGGCGCGAGAGAAUCGUAAACCAUUGCUAGGCAUUUGUCUGGGACUCCAGGCAGCCGUGAUAGAAUUUGCGCGCAACGUACUAGGCCUUAAGGAUGCCAACACAACAGAAAUUGAGCCCCAGACAGCCAAUCCGUUGGUCAUUGAUAUGCCCGAACAUCAUACGGGUCAGAUGGGUGGGACAAUGCGAUUAGGAAAGCGCACCACUAUCUUUAGCGAUAAGCCGAGCAUCAUAAGACAGUUAUAUGGAAAUCCCAAAUCAGUGGAGGAGCGCCAUCGCCAUCGCUACGAGGUAAAUCCAAAAUAUGUGCCACAAUUAGAGGAGCAUGGUUUGAAGUUUGUUGGCACGGACGUCGAGAUGAACCGCAUGGAGAUCAUUGAGUUGAGUGGCCAUCCCUACUUUGUCGCCACACAAUACCAUCCCGAGUACUUAUCGCGGCCAUUGAAACCGUCACCCCCAUUUUUGGGCUUAAUUCUCGCCUCGGUGUGUCGACUAGAUCAAUACAUUAUGCGUGGAUGUCGUCUGUCCCCGCGCCAAUUAUCGGACGCAUCGUCCGAAGAAGAGGACAACGUUGCCGGCUUGACGCGUUCAUUUCGAGCACAAAAAAUAUGCUCCUCAUCGAACAGCAGUAGCUCGGGCAGCCAGCAGUUAUUGCCCAUCAACGGACAUAAGAAUGGUACUGCGAAUGGCGGCAGCACCAGUGCGUCGGAUAAUGAGGUUGCCUGUGGUGCAGAUUAAUUCUGAUAUAUUUCCUCGAAAUUUUUUGAAGUCCCCUAUGUAUCCUAAAUACUGUUAUUAGCCAAAAUCGUUAGAAGUUGGCCCCAACCUCGCGUGUCUUCGGAAAAAAAAGUUUAACUCUUAUAAUCUUGUGUAUGUAAUUCGGAUCUAUUAUUCAAUCUUCAAACAUACAUAUGUAAAUUUACGUACGGGUAGUUAAGUUAUAAAGUCUUGAAUCUAUUAAAGUAUCAAUAUAAAUAUUUUUAGAAAAAAAUUUGAAA